AUAGAAGUAACAGAAGAUGACGCAAACAGAUGCACAACUCUAGAUCCACGCACAAUCUCCGUUCUUGAAUCCCACAUCCCAUCUCAAGAGAUGGAAGGAGCAGCAGGACUGCAGCCCGCCGACACCGAGAUGGCCGAGGCCGCCCAGCAGCCCGAUCAGCAACAUCAUCCGCAGCCCACCCCACAAAUGGGAGCGGCCGGGAUGGAGAUUCCGGCCACGCUCAGCCACGGUGGCAGGUUCAUUCAGUAUAACAUCUUUGGGAACAUAUUUGAGGUUACUGCCAAAUACAGGCCCCCAAUCAUGCCCAUCGGCAAGGGCGCCUAUGGCAUCGUCUGUUCGGCUUUGAAUUCAGAGACAAAUGAGCAUGUGGCAAUAAAAAAGAUAACAAAUGCAUUUGACAACAAGAUUGAUGCAAAGAGAACACUUCGUGAGAUAAAGCUACUUCGACACAUGGAUCAUGAAAAUGUUGUUGCAAUCAGAGAUAUAAUACCACCACCAAAGAGGGAAGCUUUUAAUGAUGUUUAUAUAGCGUAUGAACUCAUGGAUACUGACCUGCAUCAAAUAAUCCGAUCAAAUCAAGCUUUGUCAGAAGAGCAUUGUCAGUAUUUCCUCUAUCAAAUCCUACGGGGAUUGAAAUAUAUACACUCUGCAAAUGUUCUACACAGGGACUUAAAACCUAGCAACCUUCUACUGAAUGCCAAUUGUGACUUGAAAAUAUGUGAUUUUGGACUAGCUCGUGUCACCUCUGAAACUGAUUUUAUGACAGAAUAUGUCGUCACAAGAUGGUACCGUGCACCAGAAUUGUUGCUUAACUCUUCAGAUUAUACUGCAGCUAUUGAUGUAUGGUCAGUGGGUUGUAUUUUUAUGGAAUUAAUGGAUCGGAAACCUUUAUUUCCAGGCAGGGACCAUGUCCAUCAGCUCCGCUUGCUGAUGGAGCUAAUUGGCACUCCUUUGGAGGCUGAGUUAGGAUUCUUAAAUGAAAAUGCUAGGAGGUACAUUAAACAACUUCCUGUUUAUCAACGACAGUCUUUCACUGAGAAAUUUCCAAACGUCCAACCCUUAGCCAUUGAUCUUGUUGAGAAGAUGUUGACAUUUGAUCCUAGACAGAGGAUUACAGUUGAAGAUGCCCUCGCUCAUCCCUACCUAAAUUCACUCCAUGACAUUAGUGAUGAGCCUGUGUGCACGACCCCCUUUGGCUUCGACUUUGAGCACCAUGCAUUAACUGAGGAGCAGAUGAAGGAGCUCAUAUAUCGUGAGGCUCUUGCAUUCAAUCCUGAGUAUCAGCAACAGUGAACGAUCAAACGCCAUCUAUUCCUUCAGCGUGGCUUUGAUCAGUGUGGUUUCCCUUCCUUCUGUUUUAGUUAUUUAUUUGUUCUUGUAUAUAUCUGUGACCCAUCUGAGAAAGAGGUAGCUCUUGAACUUCAAUACUUUGGUCACUGGCAGAAUGCAGGGACCAAGACAAUUGUACUGGUGUUUGUAAUUUUGUAUCGUUUGUGUUAAUUUUCGUCGUUAUUAUCGAAUUGAUCUCUCUAACAUUGGCUGAGGUGGUUGACAGUUGUAAAACCAAUGUUUAGGAACAAUGAAAGUUGAAAAUCAGCCUGAUAUUGUGAAUUC